AGACUGUCGUCUAGUUUGCUGUUUGUAUGUUUUCAUUCCUCUGUCCACCUGUGCUCUUUGGCCCACUGUUGUGAGUCCAUCCAACCUGAUGAAUUGGCUUUUGCAAUCUGAGAUGCCAUGAGCGCCUUUCUCUGCCAAUUUGCCAUCGAAAAUGUUCGCUGUCUGUCUGUCAUCACUGGAUGUCUCCCUGAAAUUCAGAUUUGCCUGUGAAAGUUCUAUUACCUUGCAAUUGAAAUUUCUGAAGUGAUACAGCAGAUAUUACAUGAUUGUCGUCAUUGCAUCUCUCAAAACGUAAUUUCAAGAGCUUGACACGGUAAGAUGUGCUCGCUCCUGCUUCCACCAUGGCGGCCGCUUCCUCUUGCAGCCUCUCCUUCCCUCCCCUCCACACAUCGUCUUCCUCCUUCCUCAUCCUCAGCAGGCCAGGUCUCCACGCGCGCGCAGGCUCCGCCUCGGCGUGCCGCUGCCGUGCCCCGUCUAAGAGCCGCCGCUCCUGAUGCGGACGACGCGGCGGCCCUCAUGGUCGCGCGCGCCGAGGCCGGGGACUUCGCGGAGGCGCGGGCCAUCUGGGCGCAGCUCCUGCACAGCUCCGCCGCGCCGUGCCUCCCCGCCGCGGCGCCGCGCCUCCUCCCGGCGUACGCGCGCCUCGGCCGCUUCGACGAGCUCCUCCUCGCCGUGCGCGAGCUCUCCGCGCGGGACCCCGCCGCGGCGCGCGUGCUCUACCCGCUCGCCGUCUCCUGCCUCGGCGCCGCGGGCGAGCUCGCGCGCAUGGAGGACGCCGUGCUGGAAAUGGGCCGCCGUGGCUUCCGCGUGGACUCCGCCACCGGGGACGCCUUCGUCCGCGCCUACGCGGCCGCCGGCACCGUCCCGCAGAUGGAGGCGGCCUACCGCCGGCACAAGAGGACCGGGCUGCUCAUCUCCCGCGGCGCCAUCCGCGCCAUGGCGUCCGCGUACAUCUCCCGGCAGAAGUACUACAAGCUCGGCGCGUUCGUCGCCGACGUCGGCCUCGGCCGGCGCGACGCCGGCAACCUGCUCUGGAACCUGUACCUCCUCUCCUUCGCCGCCAACUUCAAGAUGAAGUCCCUGCAGCGCGCGUUCCUGGAGAUGAUCGCCGCUGGCUUCCGGCCGGACCUCACCACCUUCAACAUCCGCGCCGCCGCCUUCUCCAAGAUGUGCAUGUUCUGGGACCUCCACCUCAGCGCCGACCACAUGCGCCGCGACGGAGUCGCGCCGGACCUCGUCACGCACGGCUGCUUCGUCGACGCGUACCUGGAGCGCCGCCUCGCGCGGAACCUCACGUUCGCGUUCCACCGGCUCGACGGCAACGCCGAGGCCGUCGUGGCCACGGACGGCAUCAUCUUCGAGGCAUUUGGCAAGGGCGGCUUCCACGCCAGCUCCGAGGCGCUGCUGGAGGCCACCGGCGAGAAGCAGCGGUGGACGUACUACAAGCUGCUCGGCGUCUACCUCAGGAAGCAGCACAGGAGAAACCAAGUCUUUUGGAACUACUGAAGCUGAUCAGAUCAGAUCAGUAAUAGGGCACUAGCAACCAAGUCUUCUGGAACUACUGAAGCUGAAGCUGAUCAGAUCAGAUCAGUAAUAGGGCACUAGCAGUAGUCUUUGUUGGAAUCAACAUUGUACAUACAGAUACAGUUAUUAAAAUGUGCUUGUAAUCAAAUUCAAAAUGCGAAAAGAGUUUGGUUGGAUCA